AAUAUUGGUAAUUAAUGAAUUACAGGCUGUAAUGUAGAGAAUGCGUCAUAUGGUUUGUGCGUCUGUGCGGAGAGGAACGCCGUCAUGAAAGCGGUGUCCGAGGGGAAGAUGAAUUUUGUAGCGGCAGCUGUCUCGUGUGACAUUAAAGGCGACUUUAAAGGUCCGUGUGGCGUCUGUAGACAAGUAUUUGCUGAGUUUAACUUGGACUUGGAUCUUUAUCUAACCAAGCCAGACAUGACGUACAAGAAAGUACUUCUAAGGGAACUUUUACCCAUGGCUUUUACCCCUAAGAGUUUAGAAGAGGAAAGAAUUUAGAAAAAUGAGAUAUUUACAAAGACAUGCCGCCCAAUAAGGAGUGCUAGGUGAUUAAAUGAUACAUUAAAACGUGUUUUAAUUUCAUUUACUAUAUUUGACAUGUGAUAACUAUCUACACGGGGAUUUGGAUGGGUGAAGAAAGAAAUAUAGGACCUUACAACCCGUUGUUUUUCUCUCCUUGAACUUGUUUAAUCUCUUGAAUUUAGAAAAUAAUAAAAUAUAAGAACAUAUAGUCAUUGCUCCUACAUCGACAGGGAUUACCGUUUAACAAAAUACUGAAAAGACGGAACAAGAAAAUCAUGGUCAAAAUUUGUACUUUUAAAUGAAUGUUCUAAAGAUGAACGUAUCUUUAGUGUAUUUUUAGUGACCGAGACGUUUAUGAUAUAUACACUAGGGCAGGAGUCUACGAGCUUUCCGGACGACCCUCAUAUAAAUAUAAUUUGUAAGUACCUUACAAUGUCAACUUGAUUUGUGUUCGUACACAAAACUAUAAAAGAUAUUUAAGUUGUUUUUUUCUACGAAUACAUGACUUAUUUUCAACAAGUGCAUGGUAUGAAAAUAAAGUGUUUAUGAGUGGCGGUAGCCACGAGUGAAAUAUGAUAAUUUUCAUACCACAAGAUGAAAAUAAAACGUGGAUUUAUAGGGAAAAAAACUUUUUUGUUUUAUUAUAAUUAUAUAUUUUUCAUUUUAAUGACAUUACAAUUUGAAAGAGUUGACCUUCAAUUUUGUGUAUUGGGAGAAUAUAAAAGAAAGUAAUCCGGGAAUAAACCAGUAAAAAUACGGAAAAAUAUAUGUUCAACUGCAGUGAAAAUAUUUUUACAGUGAAAAUACGGAAAAUGAAAAAUACGCAUUUUAUAUCAUGAUACAUCUCAAUAUUUCAUUUAUAAUUACAUAAUAAAUAAUCUUAUAUAUGCACAUGUACAAUGUUAUGACGUAAUAUCUUAUGUAUAUACCCAUGAUAAAAUGUUUGAUGUAACAUUUUUUUACAUAAAUGUACA